CCCCUUUGUUUCCAAGGCAACAAUCUUGUUGACUGGGGAAGUGUGUGUGUCAGAAGUCCAGCACACUCUUGGAGAGAGGAUUAUGACAAGGAAGUGAAAUGCCACCAAGAAACAAGGCAAAAACGUUUACUGGCAGCAACACACCUAAGAGCCGAAAUUCUGCAUCUAAACCUAAGAAAAAUAGAAGGUCUAAGCGUAGUGCAAAGGCCAGACAUGCCAAUGAAGAACAUAGCACUCGGUGCAACAGCCCCUUGGUGUAUAAUCCUGAGGCAAUUGUUGAAGAACUAAUGGCCAAAUACCCCCCAAAUCAGCAUGACCCUGGUCUAAAGGAGCUCUAUGAAUAUGAAAACAAUAGACAGAGGGAACCGGGACUCCCUGUAAGGAUGGGCCUUUCCAAUAAAAUCAGUCGCUUUGAGAUCCCAGUGGAUAUAAAAGUACUAGAAGAUCUGACUGCCCAGGAUUACCUCAGAACUUACUGCCGAGUGUGUAAAAGAAGGCAGCUUUAUUAUAAGAAAUUCUUUGAUAAAUUUGACAAAGACAGAGAUGGUGCCCUCUCCUCGCAGGCAACAGAGGAUGCCUUGAAACAUCUAUACUUUAAUGAAAUAAGCUCCAGUCAAGUGAAAGAUCUCAUGAGUUUGAUAAAAGCCAAAGAGGACACCAAGUUGGACUGUAUGCUUUUCAGCUCUCUGUGUGCCCUAUCAGAGCGCCUUUUCUAUACUACAUUAGUAACAGAAGAUACGGGCAGUGCGACCAAUAAGAGGCAGUGGCUUGAGGCAGCAGACUUCUCUGGAAUGAGUUGGAAAUAUGCAGGCUGUAACAUUGAUGAGACUUUAAAGAGACUCUUUGGGGUACUAUUGUGCCCGCCAGAAGGCAGAUGGUAGCUAAGGCAGUGAAUCAGAAUGCUUGUGUGUCACACAAUACUACUUGGUUCCAGAACAUUCUCCAUUACUCUUUUCCUGUAAUUAAAGGCACGGCAAAUCACCACCUUACUCCAAAUUCCUAUAUGUAAAGACACUAACAAGGCAGUCAUUUUGUAAAGUACCAGUUUUAUAACAUGCUAUGGCUUCUUGUCUGCCAUCCACAGAAAAUUGUAUGUGCAUGGUUUGUUGCUGCAGCAUGACUUUCACUGAGAAUGGGGCCAAUCUACAGCCGCUGCCAGUCAGGUAGUUGACAAUGCACAGCAGUUUAAGAGCUAAAGCAGAGACACUGGGGCACAGAAGCAUAAUAAUCUGCUUGUUUGGCAAGGUUGUCAAAUGAGUGGAUCUUCUCCCCAUAUGCCAACUUAUGGUGAGCGAUAGACCAACUCUAUCGUUUGGCCCUAGGUAAUAUGGGCCAUCAUAGAAAUCAAACCUGGCCAAUUUUAGGCCACAUAUUGGUCGGCUAGGUCUGUUGGGGGUGGAUAAGAUGCCAAAUGCUGAAAGACCUGAAUCAGCAGCUGAAAUAUGCCCAUGUAGGGCCACCUUUAGGCUCCUAAGGAGGUAAGCUCAAUAAUCACAUCGGCGUUGUCCAGAACAGAUCUGUGCCCAACCCACACUACUGGAUUUGAGGUUCCGUGUAACGGCAGCAGCUUUGGGGCAGUUUGUCAGAGGUUUCUAGCAAAAAAGCAUUAAGCCACUCGGAACCAUGAUUCACUCCAAAUCACAGUGGUGCACACAACUUCUAAAGGCAGUGAUUUCUAUACUUUGUUCCAGUUCAACCUUCGUUUAGACACCUCAUUGACUUAUAAAACAAGUAAAAACUUUAUCAGUUAAUUACCCUUUGAAUGAAGAAUAUCUAUGUAGCAUAUAUUCACCUCCCAACUCUCACCCUAUGUAACCUCAAGUUUGGCUUUUAUAGUUACAGAUGAGAGCAAAAUCAAAAUUCUGUACAAAUCUAACCCCAAAUAGCCAUCUGGUUACACCCCACCCACAUAUGACAACCAAGGGCAACAGGACGUGCAAGAAUGCCCCCUUCAUUGACUAUUAGGGCAAUGGCACAAGGUAAGAUUUGUUGCCUGUGGUUAAAUCUGUGCUAUAGCGGGCAACUAAAAAUGACCUCCCAUAACAUUAGGGUCGCCACAAGUAAAACAUACACUGCUUGCACAAUCUGGCUUAAUCGCGGGAGGUAAUGUUUUACUUGAGGCAGUCCUAACAUUAUGCUACAGCAAGUCAUUUUUGGGAGAUUUUUCACCCUCGGUAGUGCAGAUUUCAUAUCAAGCAACAAAUCCUUAGUGCCCGACUGCCCUUCGUCAGUGCCUGAAUGCUGCACUCGAAAGUCAGGAAAGAGCCUCAUAGCAAUUAUUUUAAAGGGCAAGUUUUCAGUGGCAUUAAUUAGAAUUUCGGAGCACAGGAUGGACCUGGUGUAACCUUGAAUAAAUGUUUGUACAAAACGUUAACAUGCAAGUUCAUUCUUUGGCCAUACAGCUCACACCAAUCAAUAUAGUGUCUGUUCAUGUGAAACAAGACCAUUCCCAGUGGUUUGCCGACAAAAGAAAAUAAAAAGUAAAAUGUUUACUUUAUGGAUGCUUUUAUUCAAGGAAGCCAAUUACACUUGGGCGGCAAUUUUCCCGAAAUCUGAUAAGACUACACCAUUCAGGGACUUAAAAAGAAAAAAAAAAAAAAAAA